AUGCAUGCUGUCGGCACAGAACCCAGCGAGACUGCUCCGAGUCUCCGACGGCAUUCCUUGGAGACAGUUCAGAACCGACCGGUACCGGUCCAUACAUACGCGACGUUGGCAAGCCAGCCACUGGCCAGAAAACAAAACGAACCAACGCUAGCAAAACAAGUUACAAAGCGGGCGCCCUUGAAAGACUUACGCGUCUUCGCGCGCCUGCCCCCCGAAAGCCCGCUUCGAAACAAGAAGGCCUACGACAUUUACAUGUUCGUUCGAGAAAAGCUCGGUCCUCAAGUUCGAGGAGCUCUCAAGGGGAUAGACCAUGCCAAGACAGGAUUAGCACUCCUACCUUCGUUAGCUAAUGGCGCAAAAGUCUUGCUAGACAACAGUGAACAUGUUGCUGCCCUUCUUCAGGCGCAAGCAGUCGAGCAGCGCGAUGCGUGGAUCCGGGCCUACAUCGCAAACGUCCCUUACACCAGGCAUUUUUUGGUAAGCAUCACCGAGCUAGAAAUCUCGUCCGAGGAGCUACUCGAAGAAAUCCAGCUUACAACAAAAUAUGCCAGAAAAAGCAUACUUUUCCAGAAAAGACGAAGUCGAAAGGCUAGGUACGGUUACAGCCUGGUUCAAGGCGGAAGCCGUAAGGCAACUACCAAGACGCCUCCGUUUGAUGGGGGCCAGCGUUUUUGUGAACCUGCAGUUUCCGAAGGAGAAGAGGUCUCCCCAAUGCCACCUGCUCUAUCACACCCAAAGUGGUGA